AUGUCAUCAGAGUUUAAAAGAAGGAAAACAAUUAGAUCCUGUUUAUUCUGUAGGAAAAGAAAAUUGAAAUGUGACCAAGAGAAACCCGUUUGUUCAAGCUGUAAAGUUAGAAACCAAACUUGCACGUAUGUUGACACUACAAAGUCUACUGAUAAUUCACCCCUGUUAACUCAACAACCAUCACCACCACAACUGCACCAUUUGACAAAUGAAACACAAGCAAUUCCACACGUUACAACCAAUAUACUUAUGAAUGAAAUUAACAAUCUACAGAGACAAGUACAGCAACUGAGCAGUCAGAUUAAUAGUAUUAGUGAAGCUCGAAUGAACGUUAUCAAAACUACAAGGACUAAUAUCAAAGAAUCAAUUAAUCCUCUGUACGAAUUUACAUAUUUACAAGUAAAAAAUUCAGGGAGUAGAAUACUUUACGGACCCACCUCCAUGAGAACAUAUGUUAUUAAAGAUAAAUGGGGUUUUGGUAAAAAAUUCCAUCAAUUAAUGAUUAAACAUAGAUCAGAAAAACAUGAAGAAAAUUAUAAAAAAAAUAAACUGUCUAAUAGAAUAUUAUCUGAACAACUAGCAUAUUCACCUAAUUAUGGACAGGAUAACUUAUUUUUGGAAAUAUGUAAUGAUCUCCCAACACACGAAGAGUGCUCCUCCAUAUUAAAUAGAUUUUUUGAUGACAAAAAUGAUGACAUAUAUCCAAUGAAUCAUAUAUUAGACAGACACCAUGUUAUUGACGAUUAUUUUUCAAGACAUUUUAUUGAUAACUUCAAUAAUCUUGGCAGUGACAAAUCUCAUUUAAUAUUAGCAUCUUCAGAACAAAUUGAUUACUAUAAAAUUGCAGUAGUGUUAAUGAUCUUUUGUAUUGCUCAUUAUAAAAAUAAUAUUCCAAAAUCAAUACUACAAUUUAUAACACGAGUUACAGGCUUAGUUGGUUCGAAAAUUUAUUAUAUUGAAAGAUUGCAAUUCUUUGCACUACGUUGUGAAUAUCAACUAUAUGUUAAUACAGAUGGUGAUAAUUCCAAUUUAGUUAAUUUGAUAAACAUUACCUCAGAAAUAGCGAUCCGAAUGGGUUUAAAUAGAGAUAUCAGAAAGCUUUAUGCUGGUCAGGAGAAUAUUGUAGGAACAUUAGACUCUUUGGAAAAUUUAUGGUUGCAUAUUUUAUUUUUGGAUUUAGAAUCUUCUUUCCAUAUAGGAAAACCACUGUCUAUAGUAGCUGCUUGGUUGAAUGAAGAUGCUAUUGUAGAACAUGAUUUAUAUUCUAGUUAUAAGAUUAAAUUAAUAAAAUUUUUAAAACUUGCAAGGACAAUGAUGUCUACUAUCACAAAUCCAACAGGACAACCAAAUCUACAAAAAUAUUGUAUUGAUUUAUUUAAUUUUAUUAAAAAUGAAUUACCAUCAUUACAAAUGUUUACAGAGGAAAUAAAAUUUCAAUCUGUUCAAUUUAGAGAUGUUAGAUUAUUCUCGAUUGCUUUACAGAUGUUUCUUUCCUUUGUUUCAUUACGGUUUGCAGUUUACAAUGAGAGGUCAAUACUUUUGAGAGAUGUUGGAAUACAGUCUUGUCUUAUUUUAUUAAAAAUGAACAUUCUCCUUUUGAAGAAGUGUUUUAAGUUAGAUGAAGAAUAUCAUCCUAAUAGUUUUUCUGAAACAGAAACAUCGUUAUCACCAUAUCUUUGUUUAAUGUUAUAUUUAACUAAUGGUUUACUUCCUAGAGUAGCAUCUGUAUUCUGUCCAUUAUUAUACCAUAAAAUAAGUCGGUUUAAUGACGAUUCCUUGGCUAAAGACACAGAACAUACCAAUACAGAAUGGGACUUUUCUGUGCUAUCUAUCACGUCCGAAAGACAACUUUCUUUAAUUAAGGCAUAUGAUGUGUAUUGCGAACUUAUUGCACAUAUUGCUGACCCAGUAAGUUUCAAAUUAAAAAAAAUUUUAGAAAGGUCCCAUUACAUACAUGUUGUGUUGGUUAUAGAAAAACUUUACAGAACUAUCAUUCAAAAGACAUUAGAAUUUCGUAGCCAAGUGGAGUCAUCCUGGAUUGAUAAAGAUAUCGAACUGGUUCCAUUAGCUCAUCCCAGAAACUUCAAGAAAAGUACUCCAAAAGAAAUCGAGGAGAAUAAAGCUCCCUUUACAACAGAAAGCUUUGGCUCUGGAGAAAUCCCUAAACUGUCAUUGAAUCCAAUAUUAAACAACAACACCGGCAAUAAUGAUAGCAGUAACAGUAUUCUAUUAAAUAACGUUUAUCCUAAGCAUGAUAAUGCAUCAAAUGCAGUCGAUGCCAUGGAAAGGUAUGAUAACCCCGAUGAAUAUUUACAAGCCAUAACUGAUCAGUUUUGGAAUGAAUUUAAUAUCGAUUGGAGCAAUGACUUAUGGAAUACUGAGGCAAUAGAUGAUAUUCUAUCAUGA